AUGGUGAAAUCGUACGACAGGUACGAGUUUGAAGAUUGCUUCGGCAUUGUGAACUCGAGGAUGUCCAAUUGUGUUUUCUUAAAUUAUAAUCACAUUUUAUCAGGUCACGACGAAUGUGUAAGUCUGUGGAACACACACGAAAAGGAAAUAAAAAAAAAAUUAACAGUUCCCUUCAUAGCCCCAUAUUAUUUUUUUUGCUACCAUGUUACUUACAUUUGUAUAAAUGAGAAGAACAGAAACCUCGUAGCAGUUGGAUAUAUAAAUGGUUGUAUUAAAUUAUUUGACAUAGAAGAGAAUAAAGUAUUGUCAACGUUUUGUGGACAUACAUCAGCUAUAUGCAAGUUAAAAUUUAAUCAAGAUGGGAAUUACUUAUGUUCAUGUGGAAAAGACACAAAUAUAAUAUUAUGGGAUAUUAUAAAUGAUCAAGGGAUGUUUAAAUUAGAAGGACAUACGAACAUUGUUAACGAUAUUGAAUUUUUGAAAAUGAAAAAUAAUUUUGUGGAUGACUUUAUAAGUAAUAAUUUACUCAUUAGUGCAUCUAAAGAUUGUUUAAUUAAAGUUUGGGAAUUAAAUAUUCAAUUGUGUGUUCAGACGGUGGUUGAUUGUGAGGAAGAAAUUACUUCCAUUUUGAUAAACGAAACAAAUACCAGAUUAAUUGCAGCAUGUAAUUCUUUCAUAAAAAUAUACAAAAUUGAUUUACAUAAAAAUGUUAAUGAUAAGUUUGCUAGUUCGUCCAAAGUAUAUGUCAGCUUCUUAGCGUCCAUAAAACGUCCCAACAAUUGUCGAAUCCAAAAUAUGCAAAUGAUAUUUCUUAUUCGAAAUGAAAAUUAUAUCGAUAGUAAUCAUAAUGUGGAAGAUGAUGACCAAUUGUUAUAUGAAGACAAUUAUAGAGAUUCAACGAAUUUAGGGAAUGGUGUAGACGAAGAAGCAAAGGAUGAUGACUAUAAUAAUAUUGUUUCAAUGAAUUCAACUAAGGGUGAAAAUGAAAAUGAAUUAAACCGAUUUGAUGAAAACAAUGAAAGGGCAACAAACCAGAAUGAUGGAUAUAAAAUAAAUUCGAUUAAAGAGCCUUGCUAUAAACACAUUUUGAAUAUUAUAAAAAAUUCUUUAAAUAAAUCUGUAAAAUUAUGCAAUCGAAGUAGAUACUGUGCUGAAGGUGAUAACAACGGAAUCCUUCUUUGUUGCACGAAUUUAAAAAAAAUAGAAUUGUAUAAAAUAAAUUCCAUAAAAAAUCAGAAAAAAUCAGAAAAAAAUAAAAAAAAAAGAAUUAUAGAAAAAUUAAAAAAAAAAAAAAAAGCAAUAUUAAAAGAAAUAAAAAGGAUAGAACAUUUUAAGGGAACGCAAAACAUCGAUUUUAUUAACUUGACAGAGAAAUUAAAAAAUUUACAACAAAAUAUUGAUAUUCAUAAUAAGUAUCAUAUACACACAGCCAAUGAUGAAGUAAAGUAUUUGUUUCAUUACAACUGUAAAUUUAGAUUGCAAUAUUUGGAUGUUUACCGUAGGCGCAAGAGAGAUUCCUAUCUCUACUUGCUCGUGUCAUAUGUAACAAAUCGUCUGAACGUGUUCAAGAUGAACCUCUUUGAUGUUUUAAAUAACAGGGAUCAGUUUAUUGUCAAGACGAUGGAUCAAGCAGAGCAGGGAGGGAAAAAUCAAAAUGGUGAUAAAGAAAAUGACGAAGAAAGAAGUGACGAAGAAAGAAGUGACGAAGGAAGAAGUGACGAGGAGAAUAGUGACGAAGAAAAAAGUGACGAAGAAAAUGACGAAAAAAAUAGUGACGAAGAAAAUGACGAAAAAAAUAGUGACGAAGAAAAUGACGAAAAAAAUAGUGACGAAGAAAAUGACGAAAAAAAUAGUGACGAAGAAAAUGACGAAAAAAAUAGUGACGAAGAAAAUAAUGACGAACGAAAAAGUGAAGAAGAAAAUAGUGAUCAGAAAGGAAACCGGCUGCGACUUGAGACCGCUAAAAUCGUGGAAAAAAAAAUAUAUGAUUACUCCAAGUGCUUCAAGGAUAUAUGUGAAAUAAACAAAGGACACAACAGCAUGGUUCAUUUCUUGAACUUGUCUGAAAAUAACGAAUUGCUGAUUUCACUUUGUAAGAAGUAUGUGAAAGUGUGGAAUAUGAGAACUUUCCAGAAUAUCAUCACGAUAAAUUUAGAAGGUUGCACGAAUGCCAUGUUUUUCCAGAAUGAUGAGUAUGUGAUCAUUAGUGAUGACACAGGUUACAUCUACCUGUACGAGUUAAGAAACAUAGAAUUGAAGCAAUUGUACAAGGCACAUGCAAGUGGAAUUAUCAACAUGUGUAAAAAUUCGAAAAAAAAUGGAUUUCUCUCCGUUGGUGAGGAGAACUAUAUGAAGCUGUUUGAGUUAUAUUGGGGUGAGAGGAAUGAGGAUCAAAGUGAAGGAGGGAAUGACGAAUUCAAUGACGAAUAUGAUGAUGAACUAGUUGACGAGAUGAACGAUGAUCAACUUGGUCAGGCGGAGGAAAGCAAGAAAAAACGGAGGAUUAUAAACCACAAGGAAGAAGUUUAUGAGGAAAAGAAGAAAACACAAUUGAUGCUUAAAGAAUUAGAUUCUUAUAGCCUAUGUGAUAAAGCAAGCUGUGCAAUUUUUUCACCGAACGGGAAAUAUAUCUGUAUUGGAUAUUUGAAUAAUUUGAUAGAAGUACUAUACAGUGACACAUUAAAAUUGCAUUUAACACUUUAUGGUCAUAGUCUUCCGAUUACAUGUAUGGAUAUAUCUAAAGACAACAGUAUUUUAGCAUCUGGCUCAUCAGAUAAGUUUCUUUUGCUAUGGAAUAUAGAAUACGGGAGCAUAAAUAAAAGGUUACAUACGAACUGUGAUGUAUUAACAAAAGUUCAAUUUUUUCAUGAAAAUAAUAAUUUAAUAAGUUUAUCAAGAGAUGGAUUGAUAAAAAUGUGGGAUGCAAUUAAAUUUCAAUGCAUCUGUACGAUGGAUGGCAAUUUUGGAGUUUUGACAUCUGUGGUUAUAAACUCAGCGGAUGAUUAUUUCCUAACAUCAGGAAGUCAUAGAAGUAUUAGAUGUUGGAAAAGACGAGAUGAUGAUUUAAUUUUUUUAGAAGAAGAAAGAGACAAAGAAAUGAAUCUACAAAUUGAAAAAGAAGUAGUGAGAAAUGAUUUAUCCUACCCAUCAUCAGUUGAAAAAAAUGUAUUGUUGAACAAAGCAACUAUUAAAACAAUAGAAACGAUUAAAUCGUCAGAAAAACUAAUAGAAUAUUUAGAUAUAAUUGAUGAAGAAUUAACUCUCAUUGAUAUUUAUUAUAAAAAUUUAACUGCAUAUGAAGAAGCUAAAAAAAAUAAUGAACUUCCCGAAUUUGUUCAACCACCAAAUAGGGUGAAGCCAAGGCCUGAGUUGCUAAAUAAAAAUCCAUUUGAAUUUAUUAUUGAAGUUAUGUGUCAUAUUAAGAAAAAUAUUUUAAAUGAAGUAUUAAUAUCUCUCCCAUUUUCUUAUGCUUAUAAAUUAUUAAAUUAUAUAAAGACAUAUCUAACAGCUUUUUAUUUUUUUCAACGAAUUCAAAAUAAUUAUGGAAAAUUUAAAACAUGUGGUGAUUUCAACUUUCAUGUAGAAUAUUCUAUCAACAUUGUCUUAUCAAUUAUAAAUAUUUAUCGAAAUCAGUUCCUUUUUGACACAAAAUUCCGAUUUCUUCUCUACGAAUUGCAUCAACUCAUCAUUCCCCAUUUGAAAAAAUCCCUUGAUCAGUGUUCCUUCAAUCAGAGCACCCUUACCUUUCUGUUGAAUUCCAUGGAUGAUGACGAGUUGGACGACGAGUAA